CAGAAAGCAUUUCUCCACAUCCGGGCGGCAACUCCAAAAGCUGCGCAUUGCAUCAAAAAGUCCAUUACGAGUAGAGCUACCUCGGACGGCAACACGACCAGGCACAAGCCACUUCUAUCUAGUCAUCAACCUCUCGUCCCUCGAACUCCGUGUCGCCAACCAUGUCUGCGCCAGCUGUCCUCAACGUCGUCUCAAGGCUCGCCAUCCCAGUCUUCGUCGCCGUCUCGCUCGGCCAGGCGGCAAUAUACGACGUGAAAGGCGGUUCGAGAGCAGUCAUCUUCGACAGACUGUCCGGUGUACAGGAGACGGUAGUCAACGAAGGCACACACUUCCUGAUCCCCUGGCUACAAAAAGCCAUCGUCUACGAUGUUCGGACGAAGCCCAGAAACAUCAGCACCACUACCGGAAGCAAGGACUUGCAGAUGGUCAGUUUGACGCUGAGAGUGCUGCAUCGACCAGAAGUCACACAAUUGCCCAAGAUCUACCAAUCUCUUGGUCAAGAUUACGACGAGAGAGUCCUGCCAUCCAUCGGCAAUGAAGUCCUCAAAGCCAUCGUGGCUCAAUUUGACGCGGCCGAACUCAUCACCCAGAGAGAAGCCGUCUCUAACAGAAUCCGCACCGACCUGAUGAAGCGAGCGGGAGAGUUCAACAUCGCUCUAGAGGAUGUUUCCAUCACACACAUGACCUUCGGCCGGGAGUUCACCCGCGCCGUCGAGCAGAAACAAAUCGCCCAACAAGACGCCGAACGAGCACGCUUCAUCGUCGAGAAGGCCGAGCAAGAGAGACAAGCCAACGUCAUCCGCGCCGAGGGAGAAGCCGAUGCCGCCGACAUCAUCAGCAAAGCUGUGGCCAAAUCGGGCGACGGCUUGCUACAGAUCCGAAGAAUCGAAGCCAGCAAAGACAUUGCUCAGACACUGGCCUCGAAUCCCAACGUCACAUAUCUUCCAAGUGGUGGUGAUGAGAAUGGCAAGGGCAAGAGUACGAGUUUGCUGCUCGGGCUUAGGUCGUGAAAUCAGCAUUUUUCAUGAUGUCCUUGCGAAGAAAAAUUGUAUUCAUGACACACCACUAUUAUCCCCAGCUGGAGUUCUCCAAUGUGUAGCAUUACAUAGCGAUUCAAAAUGUGGACGGAAAUUCUCAACUUUCA